AUGGACGAAUGCACACUCGACCUCCGCAAUGCAGUGAGCGUUGCCUCUCUUUACGACGAUGAUUCGUCUCGAUGGGAUGCCAUAACCUCACGCAACACCAACGCUGACGGCCUUUUCGUCUAUGCGGUACGAACAACAAAGAUAUUUUGUCGUCCUAUCUGCAAGGCCCGACUUCCUCGCCGCGCGAAUGUGUCAUUCUUCACUCACGGCCACGAGGCCCAGCAGGCUGGUUUCCGUGCCUGUAAACGUUGCAAGCCCGAAGUAGCAGGGUUCAUGCCUCAAGAGACUGCUGUACGAAAGAUCCGAGCUUUUGUGCAACAACAAACAGAGAAACAAAGCGAUUCCCAGGUCAGACUAAGCUUGAGUCAGAUGGCUAGGCAAACCGGGCUGUCAAAGUGGCAUUUCCAUCGAGUGUUUAAGAAAUGUGUUGGUGUGACGCCAACAGAAUAUCUAAGAAUACAACGUCAGAGUCAGUGCGUCCAGAACUCGGCGGAAACAAGUUGGGUUGACGAUGGGUUUGACAUUGAAACUCUGGGCCAAGAUUUUGACACGGGAACUUGGGACGACUUUGUUCCCGAUUCAGGGUAUCCAACCAUAGAAACACCAUCGACAACAAUCAGCGACUGUUCUUGGUCCAUCGACGAGUUCUUGAUAUGGCCGAAUGAAAAUGAGAUACCAAUUGCAUGA